AUUUUUGCCGGUGGAACUUUAGCUUUCGCGACGAGCGCGAGCGGCUGGGCAUCCCCAUGGCGUCGUCGAUCGGGAACACGGCCAUCAAGCGCAUCCGAGCGGACGUCCGUGAAAUGAUGACGGACCCAAGCGACCAGUACUUUGCGGCGCCGCUCGAGAACAACAUGUUUGAUUGGCACUUUACGAUUCGUGGGCCGCGCGACACGGCAUUUGAAGGCGGUAUCUUCCACGGGCGCAUCCUUCUGCCGUCCGAGUACCCGUUCAAGCCGCCGAACAUCAUCCUCUUGACGCCCAAUGGUCGCUUUGAAGUCAAGAAGAAGAUUUGCUUGAGCAUCUCUGCGUACCACCCGGAACACUGGCAGCCAGCAUGGGGCGUUCGCCUCAUCUUGGAGGCGCUCAUUAGCUUCAUGCCGACGAAAGGCGAAGGUGCGAUCGGCGCCCUCGACUUUACAGCGGACGAGCGCAAGACGCUUGCUGCCGAGUCGGUACACUGGUCCUGCCCGCAGUGUGGCAGCAUCAAAGACUUGAUCCCAGAAGAGACGGCGCGGGACACACCGCCCGUUGAGUCAAAGUACGCAUCCCAGAUCGCGCAGCUUCAUAUCCACAACAUGGAGGGCGGCACGCCGUCCUCGUCGUCAGACGAAGCAAAGGAAGAAGAGACCGCGUCGUCUUCGCUGGAUACCGCUCCUGCAUGCGAGAGCCAAGAUGUCGUGGCGAGCGAAACCGUGCCCGUCGCAGCACCAACGCCGGCCCCUGCGCCGGUUGCCGCCACGGUGGAUCCGACACCCAUGGCGCGCACACCAGCUUCAGCACCGGCUCCCGCCCCGACCGCUGCAGCGCCUGCGCCGACCGCUCCAGCGCCGCGGCCAGCACCAACCGACGUCGUCGACAACAUUCUCCAAGGCAUUGGCACGGCACUCGUGGUCGCCUUCCUUGCGCUGUUGUACAAGAAGCUGCUGCAAUUGAACGGCUCGAUCGAGUAGAAGCGAACGCCAACAUGACCACAUUUUGUAUGCACCAGUCUGUUGGUCA